UCUACGUUUUCCACCUUUGCAUAACCCAAAUUAACCCCUGACAACCCGACAACCUGACACACUCCAAGAUGUAUCGAACUAACAAGCGCAGCAUGUCGUGGGAGUUGCAACGCGAUCUCUACGAGAGCUGGCUGAUCCUGGCCACUGGCAUGCUGUUCCGCUGGAAUCGCUGGCGUCCAUCGACCUAUGCCAUCACACUGCCACUGGAUCCCUCCUACACCAAGUACACCGUGGGCGACAACGAGCGCUGGGCAGGCGUCUACUUUGGUUGCGGCGUCCUGCUGGCCAUGUUGCAGUACCGUCCACUUUGGGUGCGACGGUGUCGUCAUCCCGUUCGCAUGCCGAUGCUACUGUCGGAGGUGAUGCUGCUGCUGCAGCUGGUGCACUGGAUCGAUGGCCAGCUGUGGCGCUCCUUUCUGGGCAUCAUCGAGGAGCUGCUGCUGGCCGUGGGACGCGGUCAAUGGGGCACCUGGAUCCUUCGCUGUCCCGCCGGAGUGCGCACUCUGCUGCUGCGCGGCGAUGUCUUCGAUGCGUUCCGCCUGCUCGCCUCGUUCUUCAUCUUCAUUGUUGCCUUCGACUCGACCGCCGGUGAAUGGCGGGUGUCCUUGGACUUUCUGCUGAUCGGCUGUUUGCCGAAAACUUCGCACAGGCGGCGGUUGCUCUGUGUGGACUACAAGCAGCGGGGUUUCGAGCGCAGAUGCAAUGGCCUGCCACCGAAUCCGCCACCCGAGCUGCUCAUCUACAGACGCAUGUGCUGCCUGUGUCUGCAGCAACUGGAAAGCAGAGCCAAUCGCCAGGAGAUUCAGAUUGUUGCUCCAACGGAGGAGCAGCGCCAUUCUUACCUUGCUAUUUUGUUUUCUUUGGCUAACGCUUUCAAAUUAAAUUAGU